UAUGUCUACAAGGCUAAAAUAUACCACAGAUCUCGAUAAAUCAGUUUUAAUAAAUAAUUUUGAAAAGAGAGGAUGGAUUCCUGUAGGACCAGAUGAGGAUUGGAACUUUUAUUGGGCUACAGUUCAGACCGUUAGAAGUAUCUUUAGUGUGGAGAGCGGAUAUAGACUGUCAGAUGAUCAAGUAAUCAAUCAUUUUCCCAAUCAUUACGAAUUAACAAGAAAGGAUUUAAUGGUAAAAAAUAUAAAACGCUAUAGAAGAGAUCUCGAAAAAGAAAACAGCCCUGUUAGUGAAAAAGACGAAAUGGGAAGAUACAUACAUUUAGAUUUUAUACCAACAACUUAUAUGCUGCCUGCUGAUUAUAAUUUAUUUGUGGAGGAAUUUAGAAAGAAUCCGUCUAGUACUUGGAUUAUGAAACCAUGUGGGAAAGCUCGAGGAAUAGGCAUAUUUUUAAUAAAUAAGUUAUCUCAAAUAAAAAAAUGGUCAAGAGAUAAUAAAACAUCAAGUUUCUCUGCUCCUUCUGCAAAGGACACAUAUGUAAUUUCCCGUUAUAUCGACAAUCCGCUUUUGAUAGGCGGUAAGAAAUUCGAUUUGAGAAUGUAUGUUCUUGUUACAUCCUUCCGCCCAUUGAAAUGUUACAUGUACAAGCUUGGAUUUAGUAGAUUUUGUACAGUCAAAUAUACAGCUAGUACAAAUGAACUAGAUAAUAUGUUUGUUCAUCUGACAAACGUUUCCAUUCAAAAACAAGGUGAUGAGUACAAUGCGGUUCACGGGGGAAAAUGGAGCGUUGAAAAUCUAAGAGUGUUCUUGGAGGGUACAAGGGGUAAAGAAGUAACUGAUAAACUCUUUGAUGAUAUGCAUUGGCAGAUUGUUCACUCUCUGAAAGCUGUUUCAGGUGUUAUUGCAAACGAUAGACAUUGCUUUGAAGUGUAUGGGUAUGAUGUUAUUAUAGACGAUAAUCUCAAGCCGUGGUUAAUUGAAGUGAAUGCUUCCCCUUCACUCACCUCUACAACGUCUUCAGAUAGGAUAAUGAAAUAUAAACUGAUAUCAGACAGUAUAAAUAUUGUUAUACCACCCGGUGAAGGUCCAGAUGUUCGAUGGAAUAAAAUAGCAUCCAGAGAUAAUUACGGCAAUUAUGAACUUUUAUAUGACGAGGAGUUAGCUGCUCAAGAGGCUGUAGCCCAAGACGCUAAAGGAAAAGUUGGAAGGUUGUCAAAUAAAAAGCCAUCAACUUGGAAAUAGAUAGCUCAUUUUAGAUUAUUCCAUCUUAUUUUUUUACUUUAUUAAUAAUUUGUAUAAUAAAAAUUUCUUAUUCAAUAUCAAUGUUCAGUUUUUUAAACUCAUUAAUAUCAAUUACAGACUUUUUAUUGAAUAGUUCGUAUUCUUUCAGAACGAUCAUAAUUGCUUUUAAUUCCAAUUUUAUAAAGUCUGUUUUGUUUAAGUCUGCAUGGUGAUAAAUUUUAGCUUCUCCAGUUUUCUUACUUUCAUCAAAACUCUGGUGUAGAUACCUUUUUCUUCUUUCAUAUAUUGUGUUUAUAAAUUGUUCGAAUAUGUUAAAGUCCAUACCAGUUUCGGCCUUCAAUAUCGCCUAUAACAUUUUAUAUCAUAAGCUUUCAUCAAGAAACACUUUAAGAUAUUUGAAACCUUUCCCGCAUUUUACCUGACACGUAUCUGUCCAAUUAUCCAUAUCUUUGCAAUCGUCAAUUUCUUUCUCUACCAAUUUUAAAUUAUAUAAUAAAUGCUUCCACAAUAGAUCUAUUCCACAUGCAUUUGUCCAAUUAUGAUUGAGGGAUAGAGUUGUAACCU